UCUCCUUUACAAAGAUGGCGACCAGAGAGAAAGCUUUUUUAAAAUAUAAUUUCAGAGGAGUCUGUGAUCUUCCACUGCCCCCAUGAGACGAAACAAGUUUUAAAAAACUGCUCUGUAUUCCGCAGAAAGAAAGGCAAAAGAGAGUGUGGCGAUGUCUGUUCCACACCGCGAAGACGACUGGGAAUCCGUUUCCAGGAAGUGACGGAGGGACUAGACCAGCAGCGCUUGUGGCAGCGUGUACGAGAUGGCACAUAGAAUUUUGUUGAGAAGGCUCGCAUCAAUGACCCUUAGGGAGGCUCCUCGGUCACUGCAGUCUCAAUCCUCAGCACAUCUUCCAGCCUUGAAUUCCCUUUGCUGGUGUGGCAUCAAGCCUUCCUUUCAUCACCUAGCCAGUGUAACUGUUGCCAGAAGAUUUUGUGCAUCUCCUACCAAUGAAAUUUCCUUCAAUGUACAGAACCAAGCAGAUUUCACUGAACGGGUCAUCAAUAGUACAAAACCAGUCUUGGUGGAUUUCCAUGCAAGUUGGUGCAACCCUUGUCGUAUGCUGGGUCCAAGGCUUGAGAAACUGGUGGCACAACAGGAAGGGAAAGUUGUAAUGGCCAAAGUAGACAUAGAUGAUCACACAGACCUCGCCCUUGAGUACAAGGUGUCUGCAGUCCCGACUGUACUCGCUAUUAAGGAUGGCAACGUUGUGGACCAAUUCAUAGGUGUUAAAAGUGAAGAUGACCUGGAAGUGUUUAUCAAAAAGCUGAUUUGACUGAGCUGUAAAGGUCUGAGUUGGCCAUGUGAUCCUCCACUUCUCAACUAAGUGUUUAUUUUUAGUGAAGUCCUAAAUGCUGCUGAUGGCUGGGAGGAAUUCCUGUAGCUGUCUCUCCUGUCACAUUCUAAAACAUUUAUUCGGUGUCACACAUGAUACACAGUCUGACUCCAGUUACCUGGUAGCCUGAAGAGCUUUAACUUAGCAGUGUUGUUGGUUCCUUCUCCUGCUCUAUCCACCAUGCUCCACUUGCUGGAACUAUGAGUUCUUUCCACUCCAUUUUCCCAUUGUGACUUGUGUAGGAUCACUGGCAGCAACUGAAACCAAGUCAGUAAUACAAAAUGCAAAGUUGUUUAGAAAGAUUGGAAUCAGACUUUAAAAAAAAUCAUGAAAUAGAUUCAGGUUCUCCACCGUAAUGAAGGGUUUGUAUCAUAAGAAUCAGUAAUCAGGGUUCUUCAGAAACCGUGCUGUUAGCUCUAUCUCUUUUGCUUUUGAAAUGGGUUUCUGCCACAACCAUUUCUUUGCUUAAUAAUCCAUUUUAAUAUAAACUCUGUUGUGAUUACUCUGAGAGUAGUGAGCAGUCACUGGGUACUGCUGGGGAAAGAAAGACUUUCCCUGGUAUUGAACACAUAAGCAAGAAGAAAUGAAAUACGACAAAUAUACAAAUAAAGGCAGUAUAUCAUAAAUUUGACACCCCAGAGAAUUUGUUCUACUUGGCUAGAGCCUUGAUGUAAUACAUUCACCAUUAACUCUCUUCCGUUUUAUCUCUUAACCACCAAAAGGAAUAUGCCCUCACACAAAUGCAGUACUGUUGUCUGAGAGGGGAAGUGAAACCUGGCAGGGGAAGGAGGUUUGCUGCACCCUUUAAAUUUCUGGCAAGUUACCCGAGAUGUGACAUUCUACAUAAUUCACAGCUGAGAAAACUGCAUGACUACAGCUGUGUUCAGUCCGACUCAGUGUGUCAGUGGAGAGAGCCACCUGGCUGCAGUUUGUAUUGUAAAUCUUGGAACCCAUAAACAUGAAGCACAGCUGGGUCUAAUACUGGCCUCCAGAAAUAAACUCUCUUGAUUUCAGUCACUGCAUGAGAGCUCAUUGAUCUUGGCUUGGGCAGCAGCUGGAGCUGCCUUCAAAAACCAGGACUAGGGAGAAGAUACAAGAGGUAUUCUGUAGUGCAAAGUAUCAGUGCCCACAUUCUGUGUUGUCUGUAAUGACUGUUGGAUGAACUGAGGGCAUCUCUUGUUGGUGUGAGGUGGGAAAGGAAGAAAACUAAUCGAUAGAGAGAGAGAAGGGAAGGUGCAGCAUGGAUGACAAGGCUACAUAAAGCUCUGUUACUGUGUCCUCUGGGCAUUUGAGCUUCCUGUGGCGUGCCCCGUCAUUUCUCUGUUCAGCAGGCACAAAGGUAGUGUGAGAAAGGGCUUUGCAUUAGAGAUGGCUUUUGAGGUCCCUGGAUUGCUAAAAUCAAACUAUGACUGGACUUGAGAUAAAGUAAAAAUAAUCCUGGAUUGUUCGGUACAAAGAACUGACCAAUGUUGCUGGUGGAAUCUACUGAUUUAUUAACUGCGGUAGAAGUGUAGGUUAAACAAAGUGGGUAAAACAAAAGCGUGGUACUGAACUCAAACACAUUGUCUCCCAAAACUCGUCUAUCUUAAAACAAAAUGUCACCCUCAUGAUUUGCAUAUCUUGUCCUUGCUUUGAAUUGUACAUCAGCACUGAGUGAGUGCAUUUAGUAAGAACCUGUUAAUUCUGGGAAACAGCUGAGUGACUUAAUUUGCUUUGCCUACUUGCUUUGGGAUGUAACCUUCUGUCUUGGAUGUAAUGGAACAGUUAGUAAAAUUCUCUUGCCUUGCUGUACUCCUCGUAAUGAAACACAAUGACUCUUUGCAAAUAGAAUUUUGCCUUUAUUGAGGAUUUAGAAAUCCUGUCCCAGCCUGGAUGUUUUGGAAGGCUGAUGGCUGCCCAGGUCCAAAGUCAAAGAGAGACGAAGGCAGUACAGUGGUGCAGCAAUUAAUCCUGUUGUCUCACUGCUCCAGGGACUCGGGAUUGAUUAGAUCCUGUGGGACAAACGGACAAUCUGUUGAAAUAUUGCUGCUGAUAUUUGUAGAACAAUGUUAAAUGUACUGUAGAUAAAAGUCAGGCUUUCAUUUUGAAAGUAUUUGGAGCUUAUUACGGACUGUCCAAAAUGAAAGCCUGAUUUUCAUCUACAGAUUAGUUCCAUUUAAACAUUAAAACUGUCCUAAAGAUAGUUUUGUCCAUAAGUCAGAAAAUUACUUGAUUAUGUUAACCACACUUCCACAGGUUAGUAAUGAAUAAUAUCAAAAGUGUAAGACUCUGUCCAGAUCAAUGGAGAAGAAAGAAAGAACAACGUGGUGUGAGAAUAGAAACUUGUUCUGCCAUUCAUAGAAAUGAACAUAUGUACAUACAUUGGACUUCUUAAUAUAUCAUGUGAGCUUGUUCAUAUUUAGGGUUGUCUAUAAUUCAACCAUUGGUCACCUGGGGAUGGCCUGUAAUGGUGCUAAGGUUAUGCAUUAGUAUAAUUUGGUUCCUUUGUCAAAAGGAACUGUCCAGCUUAUCUUUCAUCGGAGUGAAAAGAUCCUUGGAUUUAAUCACCAUCAGAAACUAAAUUAUGUUCAUGUCCAACAAAGCAGUGAUACUUCCAGUAAAACUUGCCUCUGCUCCUUGUCCAGAUCAGUGGAGAUGAAUAAGGGGGAGGUGGAAAUCAUCCAUAUCUGCAGCCCUGUUGUUGGAUCACCACAUAGCCCAAAGGAUUUCUGGCAGUCACUGAAUUAGGAGCAGCAGUUGAACUGCAGAAGAAAGUGAGCAGCUUUUUGUGGCAAGUGACAAUAUUUUUAACCCGACAGACACUUAGAACUAUAAGAACAGAUUCCCAAAACUCUAUGCUUGAUGUGAGUGGGAUGAAUAUCGCUGGACUCUAAGCAACUGCAUGUAUUAAGGAAUUUAACAAAAAGUAAAUUACUGUGAGUACUCAGAAGGUCAUGCAGUAUCUGUAGAAAGUAAACUUAACAUUCUGAAGAAUUACUUACCUCAAAGGGUACCACUGUUUCUCUCUCCACGGAUGCUGUCUGACCAACUGUGUAUCCCCUGCCUUUUUUUAAAAUUACAUAUUGGGUCCUUACCAAUAUCACCACUAGUGCUUCCUUCCUGCUUCUGGCAUACACUUGCCUACUGCAGAAACAAAGUUCAAAGUUCAGCCCACAGAACAUCGCCAUGGUUCACUGGCACCAUCUUGAAACUCGACCUUUUAUCACCAACUGGAAAAUUUCCUUCGGCACGUCACUUGGAUGAAGCAGAACUGAAGCUGAGGGCUAAAUAAUUAGCAAUGUUUAACUUAUCAUUUACAAACUGAUCAUUUUGUAACUGAAUUCUGGCAUUCUUUUGCAGUCUUAAAUUUUGCCACCAGUGUAACAAAUAUAUAUCAAAUAAAUCCAGCAAAUUACA